UUGUGUUUGAGCAACAAGCGUGUGACUGCGUCCAUAAAGGGAAGGCAUUUCAUUUUUUUGUUGUGAUAUUUGACAUAAAAAGGGAAGGAAGACUGAUUUAAAUGAUGAUAGCGUUUACCUGACCUCUGCUGGGACCUCUGAGACUGAACAACAGCUCUGUUAGAGUUGCCAUGUCGAAGAACUCGUUCCCGUUCACCUCCACCUCCCUGCGCUCCCUGAGGGUGGAGCAGGAGCUGCAGGAGUGGGAGGAUGCUCGGAGAGCGUUGGCUCACAGGAGAGCCAUGACAAGGGCCCCGCUGCCCCGCGCGCCCAGGCCCCCUCCCAGGCAGCAGCGGCGGCUCCAGGAGGUCCGAGCCCCCCCGGACCAGGUGCGGUGCAGGGAUGCGGCCGUGCACAACACCUUCAUGUGUGGGGACAUGAAGGGAGUGUACGCCGUGCUGAAGGACCCUGCCAUGGUCAACGCCCUGAUGGAGACGGUGCACGAGGAGAUGGUGUGGACGCCAGAGAUGGGCCUGUGGACUCUGAGCUCCAAAGUGAAGCAGACUUCAGCACUGCGUCUGGCUGCCAGCAGAGGACACAGCGGCUGCGUGGAGGAGCUGCUGUUUCGUGGGGCCGAGGUGAACGAUGACCCCGGAGGAAACACGGCCCUCCAUGACGCCUGCAGAGGCGGACACGCCGUCUGUGUGCAGCUGCUGCUCUCUCAUGGAGCAGAUCCAGACUUGCUGGCUGCAGACGGCAGUGCUCCUCUCCACCUCUGCACCUCCGCCCAGUCAUUCCAGUGUGCUGAGCUGCUGAUAGAGGGAGGUGCAGAGGUCAGCGUUAGGGCGAAGGAGUCGAGGCUGACACCUCUGCACAUGGCCGCCCGGCGAGGCCUGGAGGAGCACGUGGAGCUCUUCCUUCGCCACGGAGCAGACGUGUUGGCCACAAAUCAAGAGGGGGAGACCCCUCUGAACGCUGCCUGCUCCGGUGCAGAGAGGCCCUCUGAGGCCGGGCGAUAUCUGCGAGUGAUUCAGAAGCUGCUGGAUGCAGGAGCCGACCCCAGGACUGCAGGCAGGAAGCAGCACACCCCGCUGCACAACGCCUGCUCCAACUGCAGCCCGCGGAUAGUGGAGCUCCUCCUGCAGCACGGAGCCAGGGCUGAUGUCGCCAACUGUGCCGGAUACACACCAAUCGACUGUCUGCUGCAGGUGGUUGAGGAUUACCCGGGGCAGCAGCCAGAAGCGAUAGCACAGUCACUUCUGAACCAUGGAGCUCAGCCUCUUUCACCACAGUUGUUGAAGCAGUGUGUUCUCUCUCCUGCCGUUCUGGAGGUGAUGUUGAACUCGUACGUGUCCGUCCCUCCCUGUGAGUGGAUGGACUCUCUGUCCGCUGAGAUAUAUGAGGAGCACAGAACUUUCUUGGAGUUGGUGCGUCAGCGGAGCGGGCAGCCCCGCUCUCUGCAGCAUCUCUGUCGAUGUGCGUUACGCCUGAACUUUGGAGCCCAAUGUUUCCCAGCUGUCAGUGAACUGGACAUUCCCGGCUCUGUGAGGGACUACCUGCUGCUGCAAAAUGACGGGACGCUGCAUUGACUUCAUACUGUAUACAUGUUCAACUCUCUGGAAACAAGAUUUAUUUAAGAUUACAGUAACCUGUUUCUCUUUUUUUAAACUAACUUGUUUUUGUCUCCUUGAAAUACUUUCAGAUGGAGUUUAUGUAAGAAAAUACAAAUAAAUACACUUUCUGUUGGA